CCAAUGAUCAGGGCCAGUUGUUAUUUUAUAACAAAUCAACAAUCUAAUAUGGCACGACUGGGACUGUUCCUCAUCUUGACUCUCGCCCUUAUCUGUAUCGGCGAGAUAAAUGCUCAGCGUUGUCCUCCCAAUGAGGUCUGGAGGGCAUGUCGUCCGCCUUGUAAUACCUGCAUGAAUCGCAAUCCAAAUCGGUGUCCGGCGUGCAUCAGAGGCUGCUUUUGUAGACGUGGAUUUUUGCGAGAUCGAGUGGGAAAGUGCGUGCAGAGAUGUUGGAGAAUGUUAUAACGCGAUUAGUUCUGUCAUCCCCAAACUUUCUUGCCGAAUCCUUAAUGAAAUCAGAGUAAAUACAUAAACAUUAUGUAUCAGACCGUGAUGUUACUGGAAAUAAAACGAUUAGCCGAAA